AGAUGGGCGGGCUGGAAUUCCCGAUAUCGUUAUCAACCUGAGGUGAGGUAUCCGCACCGUCAUGCCAUCCAUCGCCAGAUGCGAUAACGGCGCCGAAGGAUCGGAGCUUUAGAGGCAUUUCGGAUGAAACGGCGGGGAAAUCGGGGGGAGACCAUUGAUUGACACGCCGUGCACUCAUUCGUCUCAUUUGUCAUACUCAUGGGUUAGCACACCACCGAUGGACCCCGUCGCGUCUUCUUCCAUGACUUCACCUCUUCAUUCUCAACCUCACUCUCUCAUCUUGACUCUCAACUCUCACUCACUCACAUCAACUCCUAACACCCCGCGCGACCAAAGCUCUGCACACAAGUGAGCAGCAAAUAGGAUUGGCACAUCACACAGCGUUGUCUCAAUUGAGUGUUCACACAUUCCCGUUGAGAGUCGCCAUGUCGGAGAAGCUCCCCUUCGCACACCCGGCGCCCGAGCUCACAGCUCCGGAGCCACGCCGCCGCCGGACCGCGUGGUGGUCCCUCAUCCCCGCCGCCCUCCUCCUCGCCUACCUGCACAAGCCGUCCGCCUCGGCCAUCCCGUUCCUCGGCCACGGUCAUCACCGCGGCGCUUCCCCCGCCGCCAACGCCUGCCGCCAGGUCGACCCCCUCUUCCCGACCCAGAACUCGUCUGGCCUCACCCAGCUGGACUCAUACCUCGACAGCCCCAAGUUCCGCAACGAGACGGUCGCCCGUCUCUCGGGUGCCGUCCAGAUCCCCACCGAGUCCUUUGACAACUACGGCCCCGUCGGCGCCGACGACCGCUGGGAUAAGCUUCUCCCCUUCUCCGCCUACCUCGCAAAGACCUUCCCCAAGGUCCACGACACCCUCCGCCUCGAGCGCGUCAACACCCACGGCCUGCUCUACACGUGGAAGGGCUCCGAUGACAGCCUUAAGCCCACCGUCCUCAUGGCCCACCAGGACACCGUCCCCGUGGCGCCCACCACCAUCGACAGCUGGACGCACCCGCCCUGGAGCGGUGCCUACGACGGGACCUACGUCUGGGGCCGCGGCGCCAUGGACUGCAAGAACUCCCUCAUCGGCAUCCUCGAGUCCGUCGAGCUACUGAUCGACGCCGGCUUCUCCCCCAAACGAACCGUCGUCCUGUCCUUUGGCUUCGACGAGGAGGUCUCCGGAGAGCGCGGCGCGGGACACCUCGCACCGUUCCUGCUAGAACGCUACGGCAAGGAUGGCGCCGCCAUCAUCGUCGAUGAAGGAUCCGGUUUCGACUCUCAAUGGGGCCAGACCUUUGCCAUCCCCGGCACGGCCGAGAAGGGCUACAUCGAUGUCGAGGUCAUCGUCCGCACCCCCGGCGGCCACAGCUCCAUUCCGCCCGAGCACACCGGCAUCGGCAUCCUCUCCGAGCUCAUCACGCACAUCGAGGCGAACCUCUACGCCCCCGAGCUCAUCUCCGGAAACCCAUACCUCGAGAAGCUCCAGUGCGGCGCCUCGUACGCGCCAGACUUCCCCGACAACCUGCGCAGACUCCUCCCCGCCGACACCAGCAAGCAGAUGUGCAAGAAGAAGACGGACCGCCUGGCAAAGGAGGCCGCCAAGGCUGGCCCGCAGGUCAAGUACCUUUUCACCACCUCCGUGGCGACCGACAUCAUCGAAGGCGGCGUCAAGAUCAACGCCCUUCCGGAGCGCGUCCGCGCCGUCGUCAACCACCGCGUCAACGUCGGCGACAAGACGUCUAGCGUGCAGGAGAAGCUCGCGGCCAUCGUCCGCCCCGUCGCGGAGAAGUACAACCUCACCCUUCACGCUUUCGACGACGAGGCCGAGACGCCGUCGAGCAUCACGCUCAAGGGCAACGAUAAAGUGCUCGAGCCCGCGCCCGUGACACCGACGUCGGUGGAGGGCGUGACGCCGUACGGAAUUCUGUCGGGCACCACGCGCGCCCUGUACGGCGAGGAGAUUGUUGUUUCGCCGGGUAUCAUGACGGGUAACACGGAUACCCGGUACUACUGGGAUCUCACCCAGCACAUCUUCCGCUUCCUUCCCGGAUAUGAUCCUGAGAGCGAUGAGUGGGCUGGUGUUCAUACCGUUGAUGAGAAGACGAGCGUCAAGGGCCACGUUAACCUCGUCAAGUGGUACACCAUCUUUUUGAGAAACAUUGACGAGGCCGAGUUUGCUUGAGCUUUGUUGUACGGACAGGAGGAGUGACAAAGGUGAAUCUGGCAGGUGAUUCGUAGUCAAUAGGCACA